AUGGAGGAGAUCCAUUUGGAUUCUAAAUGGUGGAAUGUGGUGGUUGUGUCUUCAAGAAUUGGGGUUGAUGUGCCACAGCAGAAUUGUGCCCAUGCCAUUGCUAUGUGCAACAUGAGUCCUGGUUGGGAGUGUGGUGAUUUCCAGAACUUUGUGAAUGUCCUGACUUGUCCGUAUCCUUGGUCAUCAAAAAGGUGGAACAGGCCUGCUCCGCCUAGGAAGAGUGGUCCAUACAAAACAUCAAGGGAAGUCUUCCUGCUGUAUCCCAUUUUGGCAGUCAUGGCUUGGUGUGAUUGGGCUUGGAUUUUGUUGAGUUCCUUGAAGGUAAAGUGGCACAUUGGUAGGGCAUAG